AUGGCAGGGAAACUUUCCAUUAUGGCCUGCGUGCUGGCAGCACUGGUAGCCCUCUCAAGGGCGGCCGGCGCGCCCCAACCCUCCCCAAGUUCAUUAGCCAGCCCCUGUUCGGAGCUCUUACGCUACGAGGCGGGAGAUAAACCUGGCCAGCGGAGCGGAAGCCUGAUCCUCAGAUCGCGGGAACGUCUCAGCGGAGUGUGGAUUAGACUCAUAUUCGAUAAGGAAGUCGAGGAUGUGACUGUUGAUUCGGGCGAGUUUCAGAUCAAGAAGGAUGACGAUGGGAAACAAGUGCGAAUUCAAAACAGGAAUUUAGUGUUAGAGCCUAAUGCGGAGAAAAUUGUCAACGUUACGAUUAAAUACGAGGGAACCGAAACUCCUGGUCUAAUGGAAUAUCGAUUGAAUGCCAGGACGAUAUGCCCUCAAGCUAACAUGAACCGAACGGACAUUUUCCAAGGGGACUCGAAAUCCGAUUAUUUUCUACGCCAUUUGAAACCUGCAGAGAUCGACCGCCCGACUGGCUACAAUUGUGGCACUUCUCGAGCGAACAAACCCCAUCCAUGGCUAGCGGCUGUUUAUCUUACCGUCGAUAACGAGCAAAAAUUUAUCUGCGACGCUGUUUUAGUGCACCCCCAGUACGUGAUUACGGCUGCACACUGCGUUACGUUCAGGAACGAGCAUACACCAAUUCCUGCAGCUAUAAUCAGAGUUCACUUGGGACGUGAAACUGACCCAAAGGACCUCAGUGCCUCGCUAGUUUCCGAUGUUGAGGUUCAUCCUGGGUACACGGCUGGUUCUCUUCUGGAUGAUGUAGCACUUGUAAAACUUUCUUCUCCAGUUGAAGUCAGUGAUGAUGUGAGGCCGAUUUGUUUGGGAGAAAUCGGAGGAAACGAUACUAAAAUAAUCGUGAUCGCCGGUCAUCAACAAGCCGAGGAAAAAAGUACUCGCCAAAUGGUAGAAUCAAAAGUUUUAAUGUCUAGUUUCAACGGAUGCCUGACAGCUGCUCCUCAUUUAGAGAAUGCCUUGACCUACGAAACGUACUGUUUUACUUACAGUGCAGAUGACAAAAAUUGCGCAGGACAAUCUGGAAGCGCUUUGGUAGUUACCGGGUCUGAUGGAGUAUCGACACUUGAUGGAAUCGUAACGGUAGGAACGAAAUUGCAAAACAAACCAUGCGAUGCAAAUAGCGUUAUUAUAGUUAGCGAAAUCGACAGAUACGUUUCGUGGAUCAAGCGAAUAAUGCAGGAAUAA